CGCUGAGCAGCAUCUCCUCUUCUAACGUUCAAAUAUUUGAAACGAGCAGUGGAUCGAGAGGAGCCCGGAUGAGAACGCACUAAACGGAAGGGGAAACGCGAGAGAAGAGGCGGCGGCGGCGGCCAUGGAUUUCGAUUCCCUCCCUCGCCGAGAGCUCCAGGCGCUCUGCAAGAGCAAUGGCAUCCGUGCGAACAUGUCCAACGCGGCCAUGGCGGAAGCGCUUCGGUGUCUCCCCUCGGUGGACAGGACCGACGAGAUCGGGAGGACGGUGCCGCCGCCGCCGCCGCCGCCGAUGUCGGCGAUGAAGGAGGUGACUAAUAUGGAGGAGCAGACGCACGGGUCUCUGCUCCCCCGGGGCGGCCGUGCGCGAGCCAAAACAAGGAUGGUCGCAGCGGGUAAUACGGAAGAGGAUGUGGCAGACCAAGCCAGCUUAACCUUGCAGGGGUGCCAGAGGACGGUGGCACGGAAGGCUGCGGUGCCCCCGGAAACGGCAGAGGUGAUCAGAGAGGAGCAGGAGCACGGGCGCCCUCGCGGUGGCCGUGCACGGGGGAAGACAAGGAAGGCCGGGGCACGUAAGACGGAGGAGGAGAAGGACGUGGUGCCGGCCCCAAACACCUUGCCGGGGAACAAGAGGACGGUGGCAGAGGAGGCUGCCGCGGCAUCUGUGGAUGCGGAAGAGGUGGCCGUAGGAAUGAGGAUGAGAAGGUCAGCGAGAUCCAAGGUGAAGAUCGUGUUGGAUCAGAAAGAGGAGGACGUACAAGCGGCAGUCCGGAAGGAGCACAAAGGGGCCAUUGCGUCUGCAGUAGUUUCAGAUAAGAGGUGCGGUUAUUCUGAAGAGCAUGCAGUAGUCAUUGCGGUGGAAGAAGAGGUCGCAAAGACACAGGAAGGUCAAAACAUGACGAAGAGAGCUGCACCAUAUAAGACACAUGAGGAUUUGCAGCAGGAUCAGAGGAUGGUGAAAGAGGUGGCUGCGGCGAAGAAAAGGACGAGAAGGUCCACAAAAUCCAAGGUAGCAGCGGCAGCACGCAAGGGGCAGAAAGCUGAUUCUUCUGACACAACCGUUGGGCCUGAAGUUGAUCCUAAAGAGGACGAAGUUGUUCCCAAGGUGGAGGAGUGCACAAAACCACAGGAAGGCAAGAAUGAGACAAGGAAGGCCACAGUGUACAAGGCACGAGAGGAGGUGCAGCCAGGCCAGGUGACAAUAGCACCAGAGGCUAUGGCAGCUGUGCCACAGGAAGGUCAAAACGUGACGAGGAGAGCCGCACCACAUAAGACACAUGAGGAUUUGCAGCAAGAUCAGAGGCCGGCGGAAGAGGUGGCCAUGGCGAAGAAAAGGACGAGAAGGUCCACAAGAUCCAAGGUUACAACAGCAGCACGGAAGGGGCAGAAAGCUGAUUCUUCUGACACAACCAUAGGGUCUGAAGUUGAUCCUAAUGAGCAUGAAGUUGUUCCCAAGGUGGAGGAGGCCGCAAAACCACAGGAAGGCGAGAAUGAGACAAGGAAGGUCACAGUGUAUAAGGCACAGGAGGAGGUGCAGCCAGGCCAGGUGACAGUGGCACCAGAGGCUAUAGCAGCUGUGGAGGCAGAAGAAGUGGCCACGGCAAAGAGAAAGAGAAGGAGGCCAACAAGAUCCAAGGUGAGGGUGGCGGCAUGUAAGGACCAGAAAGCUGAUUCUUCUGAUGCAGUCAACGAGCCUACAGUAAGUGAUGAUCCUAAGGAAGAGCAGGUGGUUCAGGUAGUGGAGGAAGGGCCAACAAAGCCCAAUGAAGAAGAACGAGAGCAAAUCAGUAAUGUUCGGCCGUUUGCUUCCCUGCCAAAACUGGUGGAUUCACCAAUCCUUGGCGUUGUGUCCAAGCCCAAUGCAGCAGAUGCUUCUGACAAGGUAGCAGUUGCAGAUGAGGAGGCUAUCAAGGAAGAUGAUUUCACUUUCACUGGUGAGGCUGAUCUGUCCAAGCUUCUUGUCAACACACUUGACAGAUUUGCAAAGCCUAUGUAUGUGUCCACAGACAAAGAGGAGAAGAAAGGUAGUGAGUGUUGGUGGAUGCUUCUAUAAUUUACAAGAGCUAUAGGACACCAGGCCAAUCAAGAACUGCCAAAAAUUUCAAUCUAUAUGACAUCCUGUAAUGCAGUGCAUCAAAAACUCAAGAAUCAGGAUUAGAGAGAUGGAUUAAGACACAGAUCUAAUAGCAAAGAAAGGAAAACAGGAGUUAUGAGAGUGUAAACAGAUGGUUUAUACUGGAGCAUGAGGCAGGCAUAUAAGGCCACUGUGGUUUCUGGACACCACCUCCUGCAUGGUUUACAGGAUAUUAAUUGACAUCUACAUGCCGAUCCUUUUUUUCUGAAGCACACUUUUAUUUGCUCAUACAAACAUGCACAUGUAAAUGACAUGGACAAUUUUUUCUGUCUGCCAUUGUUUUGAAUGAAAUGGACAAUUUGUCUAGCCAAUUAAAAGUAAAAUUUUCUUGAA